AUGUGAGGCACGAAACGGUAUCAGCAUGUGAUUGAGACCCCUGAGCCUGGCGAAUGGGAGUUGUCAGGGUAUGAAGCAGCUGUGCCAAUCACAGAGAAGUCCAAUCCCCUGACCCGGAACUUGGACAAAGCAGAUGCAGAGAAAAUUGUUCAGCUGCUGGGGCAGUGUGAUGCUGAGAUCUUUUUCCAGGAGGAGGGGCAAAUAGUGUCCACCUACCAGUGACUGUACAGUGAGUCAAUUCUGACCACCAUGUUGCAAGUGGCUGGAAAAAUCCAGGAGGUCUUGAAGGAGGUGCCAGAUGGAGGCCUGGUAGUACUGAGUGGAGGAAGAACCUCUGGCCGCAUGGCAUUCCUCGUGUCUGUCUCUUUUAACCACCUGAUGAAAGGCCUGGGACAAAAGCCUCUUUACACAUUCCUCAUUGCAGGCGGCAACAGGUCUAUCGUGGCCUCUCAGGAAAGGACAGAAGACAGUGCUCUACACGGGAUUGAUGAGCUGAAGAAGGUGGCUGCUGGGAAAAGAGUCAUUGUCAUAGGCAUUUCUGUUGGACUCUCUGCACCCUUUGUGGCAGGCCAGAUGGACUAUUGCACGGAUAACACAGCAGUCUUCUUGCCAGUCCUGGUUGGCUUCAAUCCGGUGAGCAUGGCCAAAAAUGACCCCAUUGAAGACUGGAGAUCAACAUUCCGGCCAGUAGCAGAGCAGAUGCAGAAGAUGCAAGAGAAACAGGAAGCUUUUGUGCUCAAUCCUGCCAUUGGGCCCGAGGGGCUCAGUGGCUCUUCCUGGAUGAAAGGCAGGAGCGCCACCAAGAUUCUGCUGGAAACCCUGCUGCUAGCGGCCCAUAGGACUGUGGACCUGGGUGUUGUGGCCUCUCAAAGAUGCCUUCUGGACAUCCUGAGGACAUUUGAGUGGGCUCAUCAGGUGACCUACAGUCAAAGUUCCAAAGUUGCCACCCUGAUGAAACAAGUCAGCACCAGCCUGGAGAAGAAAGGCCGAGUGUACUUAGUUGGCUGGCAGACCCUUGGCAUCAUCGCCAUCAUGGAUGGGGUAGAAUGCAUCCACACCUUUGGUUCAGAUUUCCAAGAUGUCCAUGGCUUUCUCAUGGGUGACCACAAUGACAUGUUUAACCAGAAGGCAGAGCUCACCAACCAGGGUCCCCAGUUCACUUUCUCCCAGGAGGACUUCCUGACUGCCAUUCUGCCAUCCCUUGUGGAAACUGACACUGUGGUCUUCAUUUUCACCCUGGAUGAUAACCUCGCAGAGGUCCAGGCAUUGGUGGAGCAGGUGAGAGAGAAGACCACGAACACCCAGGCCCUGGUGCACGGCACCGUGGGGCAGUCCUUGCCUGCCCCUCUAAAGAGGCUCUUCCCCUCCAUCAGCAGCAUUACAUGGCCACUUCUUUUCUUUGAAUAUGAAGGAAGCUAUGUCCAGAAGUUCCAGUGUGAGCUAAGCACCAAGUGGGUGUUGAAUACAGUGAGUACCAGGGCCCACGUGCUGCUGGGGAAGACCCUACAGAACCACAUGCUGGACCUCUGCAUCGUCAACUCCAAGCUCUUUUGGAGGGCACUGGCCAUGUUGCAGAGGUUUUCUGGACAGUCCAAGGCUCGCUGCGUCGAGAGCCUCCUCCAAGCAAUCCAUUUUCCUCAACCACUGUCAGAUGAUAUCUGGGCUGCUCCCAUCUUCCACCACGUCCAGGUUGUCCACGAGAAGGAAAAGGUGAUCCCCACAGCCUUGCUGAGCCUUUUACAAUGCUGCUCCAUCACAGAGGCUAAGGAACGCCUGGCUGCAGCUCCUUCCGUCUGCGAGGUUAUCAGGAGCACCCUCUCUGGGCCGGGUCAGAAGCGCACCACCCAAGCCCUUGGGGACCCAACAGCCUAUAGUGCAGUAAAUUGAUGUUUCUGGGACUGUGAAGAGGCUCUGCCAUCGGUCCAGUCCCAU